CUUUAGUCUUUCCCCCACGCGCAGGCGCACUGAAUAGCGUGCGCAUGCACUCUGCGCCCGCGGGAAUCUUUUUCGAACAGUGAGCGAUGGCGCGAAGGAGAACGGUUUGAACGAGGCUCGGUUCAGUAAGGCGCAUCUCCUUUAAAUCUUGAAAUUCCAUGAUUGUUCUUUUGACAAAACAAGAGGAACUGUGAUGGUGAGAAAAUAUAAAUCGCAACUAGAACCUCCCAGAAUAAAAAAAGGAUCAAAGGGGAGACAACAAAAGAGAAAACAAGAAAGAGAAGAUGCAGAAGCAGUGGAGAACAAAAAGAAGAGAGCAAAGUGUCCAACAGAAGUAUUGGAAGUGAAUCCAAACCCACAAGAAAAACAGCAGCUGCUCCCAACGAGUUCUAGAGAACAUCUUGAAGCUACAAUUCAUUGGUUAAUAACAUCUGUUUUGUAUAAAACUACACAGAACCACAAUGAAAUCAGAAAGCAUUUAAAUCUUCUCAAGAAAAGACUUCUCAACAGUUUCGAGACCAUACAAGUUCCAGUAAGAAAACUGAACAGUUGGGGGAAGGUGCAUACAAUUCUAGCAGAGGAAAAGAAAAAGACUGUUGCCAUUGAAGAUGAUUCGGAAGAGUUGCAGAAAGAGUUGGAUAAAGUUUUGCAAGCCACAGAGCUGAAUGAUAAUAAUAUUAAAACUUUCCAGAACAAAGUACAGAAAUUGAAAGGUGACUUGGCAGCAGAGGAAGCAGCAUCAAACAAGUUAUUCCAGAGAGAUGGUAAAUAUGACCUUUUUCUUCCUGAUAUCUUUGAGGAUUGUACAAAAGCACCCAUUCUUCAGGUGAGCAGAUGUCAGAAUGAGCUUUUGAAGGUUAGAAACCAACCAAAUCUUCUUCACGACUUAAAUACUAUUCAGCAAUCAGAUGAAAUGAAGACUCUGUCAAUGUUUCUGGAGCAAGUGUAUGAAAUGUGAACUUCUGAAUGAAAUCAAUCAUUCCUGGAUGUUGCCUAGUGAAGAACAGCGACAUAAGCUGUAUCUCUUAUUGCUUUCAUCUCCCUUAAAUAUGUGUAAGAAAUUAUUUCUUUUCAGAAUAUGAUUAUGAUGCUUCAUUUAUUAUUGCCUAUAUUUUCAGAUUGUGCAUUUAUAUUUCCAUACUAUAUUCCAUGGAGCUAUAUUAAAAUGAACUAGCCUGUGCCUCAAAGUUUAUGAAAUGAAGGUUUCAGCUGCACAUUAUUUCUUGUGAAGAUCAGAAAUAUAUAGCUGAAAACUUCAUUUCAUAAACUUUAUUUUUCUAGAUGAUUUUUUAAAACCCCACUACCACACCAAAUCUAUUUGAAUAUGUUUCCACUAAGUUCUAUGUCCUAGCUUACUCAAACUGCUAUUCAGAUUGUCCAGUCUGAGAUAUUUGUACUUCAGUUGUUUUGGUGUCUAAUCCCUAUUGUUCAGGUUUGAGUAGUUAUUAAUAAAGUCUUCCUGAUA